UGCCAAGGCAAUCAAGUAAUUUUAUUCAUUGUUCACCACCUCUCUCAUCCCCUCUUCCUUUGAGCCAAAGCAAAAGUAUGAAAAAUAAAAUGAGGUACUUAGAUCAACUUGGAAUAGCAUCCUGCUACAGCACUAAAGUCUAUUGCAGGCAGACUUUAAUUGGAGGGAACUAUGGCCUUCUCAAUACCACCACCUUUGCUCCCAAUCUUGACUACUACAGUGCAGUUUUGUGGCAUCGGCUAAUGGGAAAGAAGGUUCUUGCGAUCUCAAGUGAUGUUCAUAUUAAAGACUUUUACCUAUAAUUAGGAAAUGUAAGUAGAAGUUAAUGACUUUUACCUACAGUUGAAGAUAAUAGGUACAUAUUAAAGACUUUUACCUACAGUUAGGAAAUGUAAGUAGAAGUUAAUGACUUUUACCUACACACUAUACAUAGUAGGUAAAACCUAUAGUGACAGACAAUUAGCUGUCACUAUACGCCCCCUCAAAGUUGACAGAA